AUGGCGAAGAAGAAGAAGACUGGUAGCAAAAGAGUUCAAAGUAGCGAGUUAAGGGACUCUAUCUUCGUCUAUCCUCACUCAACUUCAACUUCAGCUUCAAGGAUUCAUGGAGAUCCUUCAUCUGAUGAAGAGGCUGAAUCGAAUGCAACAGUAUCUUCUCGGAUCCAGGAAAUGGAGAGCACUGGGCCUAAAGGGGCAAAGAAGAAGCUGUUCAUGGAGGAGAUUCUUGCUAGAUCUAGUCCAUUAACAGCUCCUCAGCCGCUGACGAAGAUUGGAAUGAUGGCUUCCCGUAACCUAGAAAUGGAGAAUCCUAAUGUUGUGAAUAAUUCUGGAAAAGAAAUAAAUGAAGAUUCUGUUGAGAUGAACCAAGGUGUUAAGAAGAGUGUUGAAGAGAAUCGAUCUGAAGGAGCUAAAUUCUUUGCUAGCCUAUUUUCAGAUAAUAGAAAAUAUGGAAGUGGAUUAUCACUAAAUUUUGUUCCUCCUUCUAUAGAUAACACUGUUUCAUUUACUGAAAAUGAAUGGAAGGAAGGGGAGGAUUUCUGGAAAUUUGCUCUCAUAGGACAUGUUAUUGGCUUAAAUGUCAAAUUUAAAUCAAUGGAAUCAUAUGUUACAAAUGUCUGGGGUAAAAUAUCUAUACCAAAAGUUUUCUUGAUCAAGCCAGGGGUUUUUCUCUUUGAUUUUCAUGCCGAAAAACAGAUGAAAGAGGUUUUGGAGGCAGGGCCAUGGUUUUUUGGUUCCAGGCCUUUAAUUCUCAAACCUUGGAAAAUCGACACUGAUAUGGAUAGAAUUCAGGACUGCACUUACCCAAUGUGGGUUCAAUUUCCCAAUUUAAAACUGAAUUUAUGGAGCUCUUCAGGUAUCAGUAAAAUUGCUAGUUCAAUUGGCAAUCCUAUUACUACAGAUAAACUAACUGCUUUGAGGCAAAGACUCUCUUAUGCUAGAGUUCUUCUUGAAGUUAAUCUGCCUUUGAAGGAACCUCUACCAGAUCAAAUAGUUAUAAAAGGGCCUGAUGGGAAAAAUUAUAACCAGAAAGUGGUUUAUGAGUUCAAGCCAAGAUGGUGUGUGAAUUGCAAGAUAGUGGGACAUGAAACUGAACAAUGCAGAAGACUUGCUACUAAGAAAAUCUGGGUUCCAAAACAGCAGCUUAAAGGGGGAAAUUCUUCACAGGAGCAACAUGUUGUCAAUCCCCAAGAUAGGCAUGUUCAUGAGGAUACCGCAUCUAGUCCUAAGCCUACACAGACUGAAUUUGUGCCUGAUAAUUCUCAGUCAGAUGCACAAGGGAUUCUGAGAAACAUCACAGUUCACCCAAAGGAUUCUGUUUCAGAAAAACAUGCACAAACAGUGGUGCUAAGCGAUAAGCAAAGUUCUGGACAAUCUGAUCAAAUUGGAAAUGGAAAGAAAAGCUCUGGUAUUUUCGAUCACUUUUCUCCCUCUAUUAAUAUCAGUGGUUUCACUAGUGUUUCCAAAAGUAGUGCAGCUAGAAGAUCAAGUUUGAAUAUUGGUACUUCCAGUCAUAUAAAAGCUUCACAAUUUAAUUUGUUAGAUCUUCAUGAUCUUUUUGAUACCUCAAAUGUGGAUAGGGCACUUUUGGAAACUAAAGUAGCUAGCAAUAAAAUGCAAACUAUAGCAAAUAAAAUGGCAAAAAGCUGGAGCUGGAUCUCAAAUGCUAAACCAAAUAGCAAGGGCAGAAUAUGGAUUCUUUGGGAUUGUGAUAUUCUUACUGUUCAAUGUCUAUCCUCCUCUGAGCAAUUUAUAACUUGCACAAUAUCUUCUAAAGAUGAUAAAUUCUCCUGUAUUGCUACUAUUGUCUAUGCCUUGAAUGAUCACAUAGGCAGGAAGGAACUCUGGAAUGAUCUCCUAUUGCUUCAGCAAAAUGUAAACUGUCCUUGGAUUGUAGGUGGGGAUUUUAAUGCUAUCAUUAGCAAUGAAGAAAAACUGGGUGGAUCACAAGUCACUGAAUCAGAUACUGAAGACUUUACACAAUGUAUUGAUUCAUGUCAGCUGCUUCAUCUCAAAUCUACUGGAUGUUUUUUCACCUGGUGUAAUAAACAGGAGGCUAAUGCUAGAAUUUGGAGCAGAUUGGACAGGGUCUUAGUAAAUGAGGAAUGGAUUCUUAACUACACCUCCAGUCAAGUUGAUUUCUUGGUGCCUAGCCUAUCUGAUCAUUCACCAGCAUUGAUAACAAUUGGUGAUGAAAGAUGUGAAGGAAAAAAGCCAUUCAAGUUUUUUAGCAUGUGGAUCAAACAUCCAGAAUUCAACUCAGUUGUUAAAUCUGCAUGGGAGACAGACAUCAAGGGCUUCAAUAUGUAUAAACUGGUGACUAAACUGAAAAAUCUUAAACCAGUCCUUAAAGAUUUGAAUAAAAGGCACUUUAUGAAUAUAAGUGAGCAGGUGAUUAGAGCUAAGGGGGAACUGUCUGAUAUUCAGCAAAAGCUGAUGACUGAUCCUUUCAAUUCUAUUUUGAUUUCAAAAGAGAAGAAAUGCCUGAAUACUUAUACAAGAUUGGUUGAUUUUGAAACUUCCUUUUACAGGCAAAAGGCAAGUAUUAGAUGGGGUAUUCAUGGAGAUAAAUGCUCUCAGUUUUUUCACUCUAUUAUGAAGGCGGAACUGCAAAAGGCAAAUAUCAAAGUGGAAGUCUUGUCAAAUGGUCCUACUCUAUCUCCUACUCAGGCCAAAAAUCUUAUUGUUCCAGUCACUAGAGAUGAAAUCAAACAAGCUCUAUUUUCUAUGGAUAAUGAGAAAGCACCAGGACCUGAUGGAUACACUGCUGCGUUCUUCAAAGCAGCCUGGAAUCUGAUAAAUGAAGAUCUUUAUCUUGCCAUUGAAGAGUUUUUUAAGUCGGGUAAACUUCUUGGUGCUCUUAAUGCUACAUCUAUUACUUUAGUCCCUAAGAUUCUUAAUCCAAAAUCCCCAUCUGAUUAUAGACCAAUUUCCUGUUGCAAUUGUUUAUAUAAAAUCAUCUCUAAAAUUAUUGCAACAAGAAUUCAAGGAGUUAUAGGGGCUUUGAUUAAUGAAGCACAAAGUGCUUUUGUUAAAGGAAGGCUUAUAUCUAGCAACAUCCUCUUAGCUCAUGAAUUGAUCAAACACUACGGCAGAAAACAUUCAACUCCAAGGGCAAUCCUCAACAUUGAUCUAAGAAAAGCCUUUGAUACAAUCAACUGGAAAUUUAUUAAGGAUAUGCUUACUGGUCUGGGCUUUCCUGUCACUAUGAUCAAUUGGAUUAUGGAGUGUAUAUGUUCACCUAAGUACUCCCUAUCUUUGAAUGGCUCACUGCAUGGUUAUUUUAGAGGUGCUAGAGGAUUGCGACAAGGAGAUCCCCUUUCUCCUUAUCUUUUUGUUCUGGGGAUGGAGUAUCUGUCAAGAAGACUUAGUUCUCUGCAAAAUGACAGUUUGUUUAAAUAUCAUCCAAAAUGUUCCAGGCUUAAAAUCUCUCACCUUUUCUUUGCUGAUGAUUUGUUGCUUUUCUGCAAAGCUGAUAUUUACUCUAUUGCAAGAUUGAAAGAAUGCCUAUCUGAAUUCAGUCAUGUCUCUGGACUGGAGACUAAUCCAAACAAGUGCUCUAUAUAUAUGAGUGGUAUUGAUGAGAAUUUGAAGACCUACAUUUGCUCCUUGCUGAAUUUUUCCGAGGGUGUCCUGCCAGUAAGAUACUUGGGGGUACCUUUGAUUACAAAGAGAUUAUCUUAUUCAGAUUGCUCCCCUUUAAUUGAUAAGAUUGCUACCCAGUUUCAGAAUUGGCAAAAAAAGAAAACAUUAUCCUACGCAGGCAGAUUGCAGCUUAUUAAAUCUGUCAUAUUAGGAAUUCAAAAUUUUUGGACUAGCAAUUAUAUUCUACCAAUUAAGGUGUUGAAGAAAAUUGACAGUCUUUGUUCUGAAUUCCUUUGGAACCACAAAAUUCAUUUGAUUUCCUGGAAGACAGUUUGUCAAAGUAAAGAACAUGGAGGUCUGGGGGUUUUCUCUGCUACAGACUGGAAUACUGCAGCUUCUAUGAAGCUUAUUUGGAUGAUUCACUUAAAGAAAGACUUGUUAUGGAUAAAGUGGGUGCAUGGCAAUUAUCUAAGACAAUCUGACAUAUGGCAAGUUCAAUCCAAAACAAAUGAUUCUUGGAUGUGGAAACAAAUCCUUAAAAUGAGAGAUAAGGUGAUACUCAAAUUUGGAAGUUCCUCUAAUGUUCAAAAUAUCAUUGCCAGGAGCUGCUCUGGAGAUAAGGUCCAGUUAUCUACUAUCUACAGUGAUCUUAUUAAUCAGAAUGCACAGGUAACUUGGUCUAAAACAAUUUGGGACGAUUGGUCAUUCCCUAAGCAUUCUCUCAUCACUUGGCUUGCUACUCAUUCUAGACUGUUAACAAGAGAUAGAUUAUGUCACAUGAAUAUCCUUGACAUGAAUCAUCAGCAAAAUGCUUGUGUUCUCUGUACAUUUCAGCAACAGGAAAACUGUAAGCAUCUAUUUUUUAAAUGUGCAUUCUCAGCUGAUCUCUGGAACAGAGUUAUGGAGUGGAUGAACUUCAAAUGGAAAUCUUGCAAUUGGGAUAGGAUUAUUGAAUGGUAUAGUACAAGAUUGAAGGGAAAGGGUUUUAUGAAAAGAAUUAAAAGGGUGGCACUAACUGUGUCAGUUUAUGCCAUUUGGAAGGAAAGAAAUCAAAGAAUUUUUGGGCAAGAAUCUCAAGACCCUGUUUCUGUGUUUCGAAGAGUGAAGAUUCUGAUUCUAUCAAAAGUCCUAAAUGAUGAUAUCCCUGCUCACAUAAAAGACAGAAUUGUGAAAAUAUAA